AUGGCGCGGCGCCCACUGGGGUUGCUGUUGCUCCUGACGGAGGUGGUGGGCCUGUCGCAGGACUGUCGCGAGAUUCCCGACCAGCGGGUGCUGUUGCAGACCCGCCAGGAAAGGUCACCGGGCAAAGCGAUCGCACCCCUUGUCCGAGGAAAGAAGGAUACUGGCAUUGUGAUCCUUGCGGAUGGUUGGUUUCGAGCGAAGUAUCACCCGCAGAUCGAGGCCGUGCAAUGCUACGCCCAACGCCAAGGCUACGAUGUGUGGCUACUCUACGGCACUGAGUUCUUGGAGUGUGAACGGUUCUUCAAGGAGGACGACUUCUUCUUUCUGAAGCAUUGCGCCGUGGCCGCGCUGUUGGAGCAGCGAGGUGCAGAGUACACCGUGGCAGUCAUCGAUGCGGACGUCGUGCCCGUGGUCUUGGAUCGCAGCUUGGACGCCUGGAUGAAUGGCGGCGACCUGGCAUUCUACGAGCGAAUGGAGGGCGACGAGGUGACGGCCGGCAACUACAUUGCCAAGAACAAGCCCUGGGUACGAGACUUCCUCCGAGCCUGGGCGAAGAUGCGUGAUCGCCAGCCCUCGGGCUUUAGUAGCUGGGACAAUGGGGCGCUGCACGUGGUGCUGGUGGAGACGCUGGAGGUCCCAGGGAAGGAAAAGGUCGCGGAGCUCUACGCAAAUUUGACGGAGGACGUCACGGCGGAGCACUUGGACCUCUACUGGCACUUUGUGCAGGAGGCAGUCCGGGCUCUGGGCCCCCCGCGGAAGUGGAGCCUGGACCAGACGUCUCUGGGCCGGGCGCAUCACUGCCGCGGCUGCCGGCUGUCCAUCUGGCCGCGCAUGAGCUUCUUCGUGGACGAUGGCGUCUACCUUCAAAGGCACUCCAGCUCCCUGGGCCCGGUGAUGCACCACGGCGUCAAGACCCAGGAGGACGUGGCAGCCUACUUCGCGGAGCCCGGCGCGGGAGACCCCGCCUCCUGCCGGCUGCGGAGCCAGGUGCGGGUGGACGCGGAGCGGCUCGGGAAGGUGGCACUGCAUGUGGCCGCGUCAUACCCCCAGUGGUAUCUGCAGGGGAACUGCUCGCAAUGUGCUGGCCAUUGCGUCGCCAACUUCAGCUGCCAGCCGCUGGACAUGGACUGCCAGAAAUUCGACCAGCAGGCGCUCUUGCAGACCCGGUCGCCUGGCAAAGUCCUGGCACCUGAUGUCUCAGGAAAGAGGGGCACUGGCAUCGUGAUCCUGGCAGAUGAAAACUUCCGAGCGAAGUUUCACCCACAGAUAGAGGCCGUGCAGUGCUACGCCCGGCGGCAAGGUUAUGAUUUGUGGCUGCUGAACGGCACGGAGUUCUUGGAGUGUCAACGGUUCCUGAACUCCUUCUUUUUUCUGAAGCAUUGCGCUGUGGCCGGGCUGCUGGAGCAACAAAGUCCAGAGUAUAGCGUUGCAGUGAUCGACGGCGACGUCGUGCCCGUGGUCUUGAACCGCAGCUUGGACGCCUGGAUGGAGGGCGGUGACCUCGCGUUCUAUGAGCGAGUUCUUGGUGAGGAGGUGAUGGCCGGCAACUACAUCGCCAAGAACAAGCCCUGGGUGCGCAAGUUCCUGCGGACCUGGGCGAACAUGAUGGAUCGCCAGCCCCCGGGCUUCAGCAGCGCCGACAACGGGGCGCUGCACCUGGUGCUGCUGGAGGCCCUGGAGGUCUCAGGGAAGGAGAAGGUGGCGGCGCUGUACUCGAACUUGACGGAGACCGUCGACAACUUGGACCCCUACUGGCACUUUGUGAAGGAGGCAGUACGGGCUCUGGGUCCACCACGGAAAUGGAACCUGGACCAGACGUCUCUGGGCCGGGAGCAUCACUGCAGCGGCUGCCGGCUCUCCAUUUGGCCGCGCAUGAGCUUCUUCGCCGACGACGGCGUCUACCUGAACAGGCAGUCAAGCUCCGUGGGCCCGGUGAUGCACCACGGCAUCAAGAGCCACAAGGACGUGGCCGCGUACUAUGAGGACACCGCCUCCUGCCAUCUCCGGGGCGGGGUGCAGGUGCAGAAGGAGCAGCUCGGGCAGGUGGCGCUGUCAUUGGCCGCUCCUCGCUUGCACAGAGUAUCUGCAAUUCGCAGCAAGAUCGCGGGAGUUCUCGCCGCAUCCGCGCAUCCGAUACACUCCCUCAGACCAACCUUGGUGGCUCCCAGCCAUCCAGAGUCAUACACGGACUUGUAUCUGCAGGGGGACUGCGCGCAAUGUGCUGGCCACUGUGUCGCCAACUUCACCUGCCGACCGCUGGAUAUGGACAUCUGA